AAGCCUUCAUUCUUAUUUUCUUCCUUUUCUCUAGAGACACCAGUCCAGGGGGCAUCUCCCUGCCCUCCUGGGAACGUUAGGAGAUGUUCAGACCAGCGCGUCAGUCUGGGGGAGUUGAGUCCUGCCCACUGGAAGACGGUCCUGAGUGGUUUCACUCGCUCAUUCAGCACAUGCUUCCUUUGCAUCUGUGGUGUGUGGCUGGGGUGUUGUGGCGCACAGGACAGUGAGGCCGCUGUUCUGUGGAGCUUGCAGUGGGGUUGCAGACCCAUCUACUAAACGGAUGCAUAAGAAAUACAAUAAUCGAUGCGUGCUCUUGGCUUGGGGCGUUGGCUCUGUCCGUCUGUUUUCUGGGGUCUCUGUUAGUGAUAGGUGGACUUCUGAAUAGUCCUCCAGACAACUUCUACGUUUCAAAGGAAUUUAGUUUCCAUAAAUAGUACCGAAAAACACCCUUUGCCAUCGAGUGAAUUCCGACUCAUAGUGACCCUAUAGGACAGAGUAGAACUGCCCCAUAGAGUUUCCAAGGAGCGCCUGGUGGAUUCGAACUGCCAGCCUUUUAGCAGCUGUAGCACUUCAGCACUAUGGCACCAGGGUUUCCUUAGACUUCAUAGUGUGUAAAAAAUCAUUCUCCAGUGUGAAAUUAGUGAUACUGGGACAACAUGACCCCCGUUGACUCUACCUUUACUCCCCAGUCCCUGCAGUGUGAAGGUCUGUGUCCACUGCUUGGACUCUUCUCCCAUCGUCGCCCAGCCAUCUCUCAGUCCAUCCAUUCCACAAAUUGUGUACCUGGGUCACGAAUGUUCCAGGUCUGUGGACUCGUGGUAUGCUAGAUGAAGUCCUUACCUUUUUUAAUGGAGCAUAUAUUAAAAGGGACGGAAACAGAAUACAUGAAAACAAGUGACGUAACAGAAUGUAUGACAACAUGUCCACAAUGGUGUACAUAAAGGAAGACAAGCUGGAGAAGCUGACGCAGGAUGAAAUUAUUUCUAAGACAAAGCAAGUAAUUCAGGGGCUGGAGGCUCUGAAGAAUGAGCAUAAUUCCAUUUUACAAAGUUUACUUGAGACGCUGAAGUGUUUGAAGAAAGAUGAUGAAAGUAACCUGGUGGAAGAAAAAUCCAACAUGAUCCGGAAGUCACUGGAAAUGCUGGAGCUUGGUCUGAGCGAGGCGCAGGUGAUGAUGGCUCUGUCCAAUCACCUGAAUGCUGUGGAGUCGGAGAAGCAGAAGCUGCGUGCCCAGGUCCGCCGUCUGUGCCAGGAGAAUCAGUGGCUGCGGGACGAGCUGGCCAACACCCAGCAGAAAUUACAGAAGAGUGAACAGUCCGUGGCCCAGCUGGAGGAGGAGAAGAAACACCUGGAAUUCAUGAAUCAGUUAAAAAAAUACGACGAUGACAUCUCUCCAUCUGAGGACAGAGACACUGAUUCCACGAAGGAGCCUCUGGAUGACCUUUUCCCGAAUGACGAGGAUGACCCCGGCCAAGGCAUCCAGCAGCAGCACAGCAGUGCGGCGGCUGCUGCCCAGCAGGGCGGCUACGAGAUCCCGGCACGGCUGCGCACCCUGCAUAACCUCGUCAUCCAGUACGCAUCGCAGGGCCGUUACGAAGUCGCCGUGCCCCUCUGCAAGCAGGCCCUGGAGGACCUGGAGAAGACCUCUGGCCACGACCACCCAGACGUGGCCACGAUGCUGAACAUCCUGGCUCUGGUGUACAGGGAUCAGAAUAAAUACAAAGAUGCAGCCAAUCUACUGAAUGACGCCUUGGCGAUCCGUGAAAAGACUUUGGGCAAAGAUCACCCCGCGGUGGCUGCGACUCUGAACAAUCUUGCGGUGCUCUACGGUAAAAGAGGGAAGUACAAGGAAGCCGAGCCGCUGUGCAAAAGGGCCCUGGAGAUCAGAGAAAAGGUUUUGGGAAAGGAUCACCCAGAUGUUGCCAAGCAGUUAAAUAACCUGGCCUUGCUGUGCCAGAACCAGGGCAAGUACGAAGAGGUGGAGUAUUACUACCAGCGGGCCCUGGAGAUCUACCAGACCAAACUGGGGCCUGACGACCCCAACGUGGCCAAAACGAAGAACAACCUGGCUUCCUGCUUUCUGAAACAAGGCAAAUUCAAGCAAGCAGAAACACUGUACAAAGAGAUUCUCACUCGCGCACACGAAAGGGAGUUUGGUUCUGUAGACGAUGAAAAUAAACCCAUUUGGAUGCAUGCUGAAGAGAGAGAAGAAUGCAAAGGCAAGCAGAAGGAUGGGACAUCUUUUGGCGAGUAUGGUGGCUGGUACAAAGCAUGCAAAGUUGACAGUCCAACUGUCACAACGACUUUAAAAAACCUUGGUGCACUCUACAGACGCCAAGGCAAGUUUGAGGCUGCGGAGACUUUGGAGGAAGCUGCCAUGAGGUCGCGCAAACAGGGUCUUGACACUGCACACAAGCAGAGAGUGGCUGAAGUGCUCAACGACCCUGAGAGCUCGGACAAGAGGCGCAGCCGGGAGAGUCUCAACACGGACGUGGUCAAGUACGAGAGCGGCCCCGACGGCGGCGAGGAAGUGAGUAUGAGCGUAGAGUGGAACGGGGAUGGCACGGGAUCUUUAAAGCGCAGUGGUUCCUUUAGCAAGCUCCGGGCUUCCAUUAGACGCAGCAGCGAGAAGCUGGUUAGGAAGCUGAAGGGAGGAAGCUCACGGGAGAGUGAGCCCAAGAACCCUGGCAGCCUGAAGCGUGCCAGUUCUCUGAACGUUCUGACCGUGGGCAGCAAGGCGGCCGGAGACCAUUUCCAAGAACGAAAUAAUUGUCUGGCAGACUUGCGAGCUCUGAGUGCCAGCCACACUGACCUGGCUCACUGAGGGUCCAGCCAGAGCUAGAUAGACCCCAAGACCAAAGAAGCGCCAAGACCCCCAGCCCUGCCCAGCCCCUUAGUCUGCGUAGGAGCUGCUAACCUAGACCCCCCCACCACUGGACACUGCACCUGUGCUCCCUGGUCUUUGAGCCCCUCUGCAGCCCAGGAGCGCUAGAGCCAGCUAGGGCGUGGUGCCCGGGCAGGGAGCACAGUGGCCGGUGUCUACGCCCGGAUCUGGCUGCUGCUCACGGACAUGCGCUUUCUGCCAUGACACCAAAAUCGAGUUUAAAUUUUAAUGUUCUAAUAGGCGAUAAGAAUCUGGACUCUUAAGCUGUAUACCCUUUUAGAAUGACAAAUCAUGAUCUGUGGCAGUGACACCUGAAAUGUAGACGGAGGUGCUUGGUAAGAGACAGGAGGAAGGAGGCAGCGUCCUGCCGGGCGUCCUCCCGUUUCAGCCUCCGCGGGCACAGAGCUGCUCGAUGUGUCCACACGCUGGCGCAGGUUUUUCUCUGCUGGGGGCUCCUCUCUGUUUGUGGAGAUGUGUGUUUAACCUUUUAGGAAUGUUUUCUCUGUACCGUUAAGUAACACGGCGUGGACUUGGACAGGAUGUUUCUGAAUCAGCCUUCUAAUUAUUUCUGUAAGAGCUGCAGGUGAGGGGACAGAGAGAGAGUCACAGGGCAGUCAUCCAGGUCACAGCGGUAAAGAGGACCACGAGUGAGGACAAGCUCGAAUACUGAGGUCCGUGCUGCUGCCCUGAAGGGGAACCUAAGUCUGAGCUGUGGUCAGUCUACUGAGAAGGCACCAGGGCCUCGUGAAGUGGCUCUUUACUGCACCCAAGCAGGUGGUGCUGCAGCCUCGGGCUUGAGGCGCUGCUUACCUCGCAGGCACUGCUGCGCACGGUGCGUGCUGGCCUGGGGCUCCCGCAGCUCCUCAGUGACCCUCGGGCAGGGCAUGGGUCAGGGUGAGGGUGCUGGAGGCAGCAGCACCUGGCGCUUUGCUGUAGCAAGACCAGGUCUUCAGAGGUUCCAGGUAGUUCAGCUGCGUGGGGGCAGGGAGGGGGCGUGAGAAGGUAGCUUCCUUCACGUCGGAAGCUCAGUCUACAUACUUGUAGGGACACUGACAAAGUCAGUGGCUUGUGAGAAGACAUAAGGAGACCCGGCCCUUGGUGACGCCGUGGCUCUGUGAGGGCUGUAUCUUGGAGUGGGUGCUGGGCAUGUGUGCGCAGUGACAGCCAGAGCCACCUCCACGUCCCGAGCUUCUGCAGCUGAGAAGCUGAUGGGGCAUGUGUGAGACCCACUGUCCCUGGAGAGUAAAAAUAGGGCUGGGCUGAGGACUUAAUCUUCAGCUUCGAGACAGAUGAGGACAGACAACUCUGAGCAGUGGCCCUGACCCACCCUGAGGUCUGGCUGGUUCCCCGAGUCACAAGCUGCCUUUGCUACCACUGUGGGACCCCCAUGAGACAGCCGUGUUUCAGAAAGGAGGUGUGACUUGGGGUUCCAGUGGACCAGUGUCAGAGAGGGCGUGCUGCAUGGUUCCCCGUGGUGUUGGCUCUGAACUUGGGUGGACAUGGAAGUGGCCCAGGUUGUAACCUGUUUGCAGUCUGUAAUCUAAAUGAAAACCUGAGAAGUGGGGACUGGUCGUCCUCCCCUCAUGGUCCUUCUCGUGAGGCCCCUUCGCUGAGAGCCACACUGGUUUUUGCAUAAUUAGGGUACCCUGACUGGAUGGACGAAAACAGACGAGCCAGUACAGGUGGGGGUGCUGACGGGGUGUCAGUAGGAAAGCCAAUUCUGAGCACAGGGAUGCUGACUAGGAGCAGUGCUGUGGGGUAGGGCCGGGACUUGGGGGUGGGGAGUUUCUAGACCCUUCCUGCUGGAUCCUGGGCACAGGCUGCGGUGCCCCGCACAGGUGUUUACGAUACUGGAGUGAGUGCUCGUUCUUCCGUGUUUACGAGUCAGAAUUCUGGAAUUUAAAACUCUUCUCAUUUCUUUGGUCAGAAAGCUGCUAGGACUGUUAGAAACUCAGAGUUUAUGGUAAAGCGUACACAUUGCUGAGGAUACAGACGUUUACAGAGUCCUGUUGUCAUCACUUGCUAGCUACCUUGGAGGGCACGUCGCACUUACGACGCCACCUUCUGGUGGGUUCAUACUUGCACUUAGGUUUGAGCAGUGAGCAGACCUGGCAACGCUGUAGAAUGGCUCUUAAAAAACCAAAAAACAAAAAAUAACCCUGUUGCCAUCAAGUUGGUCCUGACUCAGCCACCUGUAGUAUUAGGACAGCGCCCCACAUGGCGUGGUCAGCAGACUGGACGAGUCACAAAGACGAGAGCUGGUUAGAACUGCUUCCCCAGUAGGGGGGCUGGCGGAGUGCUGGGGAGCUGUAUAAAAUGAUGGGGAAUAACACAAAGCAGUCACAGGCAUGACCUCCCCGAAGACCUGGCUAUGGUUGACCCCCGGGCAGGUGGAGAUGAUCAUGGGAGUCCUGAGGCCAGGAGGCGUCAGUGCCAGCAGGCCUGGCUCCAGGUGCGGCUCCCAGCCCGUCCACCUGCCUGCCACUCCCGGCUCCUCAGGGGCCUCUGCACGUGGCGCGUCUCCCUGGAGGGGCACCCCGCACAGACAGUCUCAGGGACAACCACUGCUGCCAAGAUGGCUGUCUGUUGUCUUGGGUAGGGCAGAGUGACUUGUGUGGCCGGGGGCUCCCAGGAGAGUCUUCACUGAAUGCUGUCUGGGAACUGGGGUCUUACUUCGCAAACGGUGGUGCGGCUCCUUUACAAAAUUACUCAGUUGUUUAUAUUUAACUACAGAAAUAAAGUGCUUACUUCCCAUUGUGCAGCCCCUGCGUCUCUGUAGGAAAACUCGUAAGAUCCAGACUCAGGGACAUUUUCCCAUUUUUAGACCGGUGGCUGAGUCUUCUCAGGGUCAUAGACCACUUUGAAAACCUGAUGGGAAUGUUAGACAAACCCUCUGCUCUAGAAAGGUGCAAACCAAACCUCUGUACCAUCACAGCCCCCCAGUGACGCCCAGUGCUGGCCGGCCCAGGGUGAGAACUGCUCUGUGCACUUGCCCUGCCCGCGUCACCUGGGCCUCCGAGUCUCGUCACGGAGUGGGGGAGGGCAGCUAAGGUGCGUGACUGUUCUCAGUCUCCUUGUCUGAAGAUAGGGUAACAGUUCCUGCUUCCAAAGGGCAUUCUGAGGGGGCAGGAACCAGUGGGAGCUGUGCUCGUCGGCAGGUGGUGUGAUGGCAGCGUUUUGCACGUCUGUCUGUUGAGGCGUGGACCAUCU